CGCAGUGCGCCGUCUAUCCCUGGGCUCUUGUUCGAUCCUGCUCUACGAAUACCGGACGAUCUUGCAGAGGACGUUAUGGCGACGUGCAUGCAGAUGUACUUCCGCUCGCCUGAUGUUGACCAGGUCAUGCUCUUCGAGCGUGCAGGGGAGUCCGCCCAGCUGGGCAGUGGUAGCGGUCUGCCCCCUGUACUUAACUCCCUUCUCUCCUCCUUGUCCACACUCCUCCGCCCACUCCUCCCUCCAGAGCAAUACGCUCUCCUCUUCCCUCCUCCGCCGACGCCCUACGCCCGACAAGCGAUCCUCAACCUCUACUGGCCCGGCGACGGCAUCACGCCGCACGUAGACCUCCUCGACCGCUAUGGAGACGGGAUCAUUGGCCGUGCGGAAGAGAUCGUCCCAGGAGAGAGCGAGAGGUGUGGCGUGUACCUCCCGCCCGGGAGCGUGAUCGUCAUGACGGAGGAGGCGCGGUAUGGGUGGACGCAUGGGAUCGAGAAGUGUAUGGAGGACCUGGUUGAGUCUGAGGACAGCGAGGGUCCACCUGUUGUAUUUUCCCGAGACGUCAGGCUGAGCGUCACAUUUCGUUGGCUACUCCCUGGGGCGGAUGUCGUUGGG